CAAGCCACAAGAUCGCGGCACAGCAUUCAAAUAUCGGGUAGUUAAACGUGACAAUGAAUACUAUAAAAUCUAUUAAAAAUGCAAUAGUCUGUCUCGCCUUGCUGCCCCGUUUUCUAAUGGCAGCAUUCAUGUUUUGGCUGCUUGACUUUUUAUGCAUCAGGAGAAGGGUUUUCCUCAGGAUGCAGCAGCGGGAGGGCGAUGCCAUCGACCCUCCACUCUGCAUGUCGGACUCCAAUCGGCUCUUUAGCCUGGAGUCCCUCAAAGCGGUGUGGCACGGGCAUAAGCUGGACUUCCUGAAGGCAGCGCACCUCGGGCACGCGGCGCCCAACACCGAAGUUGUUCAUCUGGAGGAUCGGCGGCGCGGCCACAUCCUCGAUUACGCGAAAGAGAAGAGACCGCUCGUCCUAAACUUUGGGAGUUGCACCUGACCGCCGUUCAUGGCGCGCCUGAAGGCUUUCCAGGGAGUCGCGCAGCAGAACGCGGAUAUAGCAGACUGUGUCGUUGUGUACAUCGAGGAAGCGCACCCCUCCGACGGCUGGAUGAGCACCGACGCGCCCUAUCAGAUCCCCAAACACCGGUGUCUGGAGGACCGGCUGAGCGCCGCGCAGCUGAUGCACCUGGAGGUGCCCGGCUGCCCGCUGGUGGUCGACAGCAUGGAAAACUCCUCCAACGCGGCGUACGGAGCCUAUUUCGACAGACUUUACAUCCUGCAGGAGGGGACGAUAGUGUACCAGGGUGGCAGGGGACCCGAGGGGUAUCGGAUCACAGAGCUCAGAGACUGGCUCCAUCAAUACAGAGAAACGCUGGGGAAAUCUAGUAAUCUAGUAAUUAGCGUGUAGAUGUGUUAACAUGUCAGUGUAGCUGCUGUGACGGAAAGAAAUGCUGCAUAUUGUUCAGUAUUGUAACUCCAAUUAGGUAGAUUUUCUCCGUCAAUAACGGUUUCAGUGUAUUUAUUUCUGAGCAACGUGCGCAGGAUGGGCUGCAGUAGACUCCCAUUGGACACCUAACGGUCCUGUUAGGAUCCAUCUACAAAGAGAUUUCUUUGAGCCUUCAUUGUAAGUCAACAAAAGUAUUUUGUGUCACAAGUUGUGUUUUUUUUAUUCGUAUUUUUUUCUCCUCGUGUACGUCCUUAAAGAACCCGCAGGCUGUUGAGAUGCGCGGAUCACUGAGCUCGUCAGUAUAUAGUGAAGUUCGGUUUGUAAAGGGGCUCAAUCCACAGAACCGAUGCUGAUGUUUUCAUACUGGAGAUCAUGUGUGAAGGUGCUGCUCUCUGCCCUGCGCGGGGCAAUUGUAUUGUAAAUAUUGUUCCGUUUUAUGGAUAUGUUUUUUAUAUAUAAUAAAAUCUUUUGAUCUACUCA